GCUGCCUUAUCCACUUUAACUGUUAUUGUGGUCGUCGUUACUUCCGAUCUCCAUAAUAUCAACUCAAUUACAAAAACCAAGAUACUGCUCAGUCUCUUCUACACCAUUACUCCAAUCUCAACUAUGGCUUCCUCCACUCUUUCUCCUGCAACUCCUUCUCAGCUAUGCUCAAGCAAGAGUGGUAUGUUUUCUCCAUCAAGAGCUCUUCUUGGGAAGCCAACCAGGACCCAUAUGAUUACAAAGGACAGAGGAAUCAAAAUCAAGUGCCAGGCUACUAGUAUUCCGGCUGAUAGAGUGCCAGAUAUGAGCAAGAGGCAGCUUAUGAAUUUGCUUCUGGUGGGUGCCCUUUCACUUCCCACUGGAUUUAUGCUGGUUCCUUAUGCCACCUUCUUUGCCCCACCUGGAUUAGGAGGUGCCGGUGGCGGUACCACUGCCAAAGAUGCCAUAGGCAAUGAUGUCAUUGCUUCUGAAUGGCUUGAGAACCAUGGCCCUGGUGACCGAACCCUUACACAAGGAUUGAAGGGAGAUCCAACUUACCUUGUUGUGGAGAAAGACAGAACACUUGCAUCAUAUGGAAUAAAUGCAGUGUGCACUCACCUUGGGUGUGUCGUGCCAUGGAAUCAAGCUGAGAACAAGUUUAUCUGUCCUUGCCAUGGCUCUCAGUACAAUGACCAAGGAAGAGUUGUGAGAGGACCUGCUCCAUUGUCCUUGGCAUUGGCUCAUGCCAAUGUGGAUGUGGCAGAUGGCAAGGUAGUGUUUGUUCCAUGGACUGAGACAGAUUUCAGAACUGGUGAAGCACCAUGGUGGGCAUAAACUUCUUCCAGAGCUUUUCAUUCCAUCUAGUGGAUCAAUUUGUUUCGCAACAUGGCAUAAACAUCCUGUAAUCAUAGAGUUGUGGUUUUCUGAAAUGGAGCUUAUAAACAUAUACUGCAAGGUACCUGAUUGUAAUCAUAUUCCUGCCACUUGUAAUCUUGGUAAUAUUAACAAUUUCUAUUAUCCAUUCUUUGUAUCCUAUUAAGUA